CAUUCCCUCUCCUGCUCUCACCUUCCUCGCCGCUCCGCUCCCUUCUCUCCCUCCCCUCCCUCUGUUCCACCCUCUGCCCGCGCGGACCCUUCCAGCCCCCGAACUCCCGGCUAUAGAUUAAAGUGCGGAGCUGAGCUGGGGAAGGAUGCGAGGCAAUGGCGAGGCAGCCGAGCUCCUCUAUUUCAUAUGGAGCUGAUCUGACUCCUACCCAUCCCCUCCAGUAACACGGCCAGGGGCACCAUGGCUGCAGGGGUGGCUGCGUGGCUGCCCUUUGCCAGGGCAGCUGCCAUAGGAUGGAUGCCAGUGGCCAACUGUCCCAUGCCGUUGGCUCCGACAGAGAAGAACAAGAGGCAGGACGAGCUGAUCAUUCUCAACGUGAGCGGCAGGCGUUUCCAGACCUGGAGGACUACACUUGAGAGGUACCCGGACACUCUGCUGGGCAGCACGGAGAAGGAGUUCUUCUUCAAUGAAGACACCAAGGAGUAUUUCUUCGACCGGGACCCCGAGGUCUUCAGGUGCAUCUUAAAUUUUUAUAGAACUGGCAAGCUGCACUAUCCCAGGUACGAGUGCAUCUCUGCCUACGAUGAAGAGCUUGCCUUCUAUGGGAUCCUCCCUGAAAUCAUUGGGGACUGCUGCUACGAAGAGUACAAAGACAGAAAGAGGGAAAACGCAGAGCGGCUGAUGGACGACAACGACUCAGAAAACAACCAGGAAGGGUCCAUGCCAUCCCUGAGCUUCCGGCAGACCAUGUGGCGAGCCUUCGAGAACCCCCACACCAGCACCUUAGCCUUAGUCUUUUACUACGUCACCGGUUUCUUUAUUGCCGUCUCUGUGAUCACCAAUGUCGUGGAAACUGUCCCUUGCGGCACGGUGCCGGGGAACAAGGAGCUUCCAUGUGGGGAGAGAUACGCUGUGGCUUUCUUUUGCUUGGACACGGCUUGCGUGAUGAUUUUCACAGUCGAGUACCUGUUGAGACUCUUCGCGGCCCCAAGUCGCUACAGGUUCAUCAGAAGCGUGAUGAGCAUCAUUGACGUGGUGGCCAUCAUGCCAUACUACAUUGGUUUGGUGAUGACCAACAACGAGGAUGUCAGCGGAGCCUUUGUGACUCUAAGGGUUUUUAGGGUUUUCAGGAUUUUCAAGUUCUCUCGCCAUUCCCAAGGCUUACGAAUCUUGGGCUACACUUUGAAGAGCUGUGCCUCUGAGCUUGGCUUUCUCCUCUUUUCCCUCACUAUGGCAAUUAUCAUCUUUGCUACUGUGAUGUUUUAUGCAGAGAAAGGGUCCUCAGCAAGCAAAUUCACCAGUAUUCCUGCUUCCUUUUGGUACACUAUUGUAACCAUGACAACACUUGGCUACGGCGACAUGGUGCCCAAGACCAUUGCUGGGAAGAUCUUCGGCUCCAUCUGCUCGCUGAGCGGGGUGCUGGUCAUCGCUCUGCCCGUUCCUGUCAUCGUCUCCAAUUUCAGUCGCAUCUACCACCAGAACCAGCGUGCUGACAAGCGCCGGGCGCAGAAGAAAGCCCGGCUCGCAAGGAUCCGCGUGGCCAAGACAGGCAGCUCCAAUGCCUACCUGCACAGCAAACGCAACGGCCUGCUGAACGAAGCCCUCGAGCUGACGGGAUCCACUGAAGAUGAACAGCAUACGACUAAAGGCACCUCCUUAAUUGAAAGCCAACAUCACCACCUGCUGCACUGCCUGGAAAAAACAACUGGAUUGUCCUAUCUUGUGGAUGAUCCCCUGUUAUCUGUACGAACUUCCACCAUCAAGAACCACGAGUUCAUAGAUGAGCAACUGUUCGAGCAGAACUGCAUGGAGAGCUCAAUGCAGAACUACCCAUCUUCUCGGAGCCCCUCCUUGUCAAGUCACCAUGGCCUGACCACCUCUUGCUGUUCUCGCCGUAACAAGAAGACCACGCACCUCCCCAACUCCAGUGUGCCAGCCACCCGCCUCCGCAGCAUGCAGGAGCUCAGCACCAUCCACAUCCAGUGCAGUGAGCAGCCCUCGCUUACAACCAGUCGUUCCAGUCUCAACAUGAAAUCAGAUGAUGGGCUGCGACCGAACUGCAAAGCCUCCCAGAUAACCACAGCCAUCAUCAGCAUCCCCACGCCGCCGGCGCUCACACCAGAAGGUGAGAGCAGACCUCCACCCAGCAGCCCUGGCCACUCCACGAACAUUUCUACCACCACCACAAGCAACAUAGUCAAGGUCUCUGCCUUGUAAGAUGUCUCAUGCACGGAAGGCGGCUGAAAGACCGGUGCCCCUCUCUCCCUCCACACCUCCAUGUUCCUUUCUUGCUGCAAAUUGUGCCUGGAUGGAUGAACCUGCUGGCUGGUCAUUGGGUUAACGACGGAGACCCAACGAGGCAGCUUUCUUCAGACUCAAGGACGUGCUGUGGGACUGAGGAUGGAUAAGGAGAGGGAGGAAGAGCCUUGUUAACAAUAAAACCCACGUGGAGAGCGCGCUGUGCUGUGGGACAGGGCAGAAAGCACCUGGGGAGGCUGAAGGGAAAGAACCGUCGUGGCAACAAGAGAGUAAUAAAGAAAAUAGAAAUAUAACACUGUGUAUCGCAGCACCUUUUUAAAGGUUUUUAAUGGAUAAUAUUUAUUCAUGAGGAAAUGACUGAAAAAGGUGAAAAAAACAAUGGAUUUUGUGAUUUUUUUUUUUCUUCAUGGAGCAGAACCUUUAAGCCAACCAAAACUUCACUUUUUUUUUUUCUUUUAUAGGAAAAGAUUUAGACAAAGAAGCCACCUGUCACAGAAACCUAUUCCCAUCCCUGUGCGUGUGUGUGUGUGAGUGUGCAGCAGAGCCACGUCAGAGCAACACUGCAUUUCAAAGGGCAGAGCAUGUUGUCAUCACUGGGUGCACAGUAGGAAAACACAAGCAUGUGCCAGCACAUACGUGCACACACACACACACAACUAUUUCACCCUGGAUGGCAUUCUUUAUUUAGACACUUUUGUAUCCGCCUUUUAAGUCAAUACAGUGCAAUUGCAACCAGUGUGUUUGUCUGCUAAUUAUUGUCUGUGAGAACAUAUUUGUGAAAAGAAUCAACGACAACAACAAGGACAGGCUGCAGUAGAGUUUUAGUCCCACAUGGGUAUCUGCUUUCUAUUUUUGUUAUCACUUACUUGUAAGAUGUGACUAGACUACCAGUUCUGUAUUUUUAAAAAGGAAAAAAAAAGAUAGGGUUUUUUUUUUAAUACUGUACACACAAAUGGCAAAGAAUGGGAAAACACUGAACUCAGCUGCAUCAAGUCUGACAGAGGUUUCUUGUAAUGUAUGCCCAUGCAUUUCUGUUUUCUGUAUACUGAAUUUCUUUGCUAGCACUGAACAUACAACCCAUUGUAAAUAGUAGCCAAAUAACGUCUGGAUUUAAACUUGAUAAUAACCCCAAAGCCAAAUAUCUUGCAUGGAUGGAGAGGUAUUUGGCUUUUUCACAGUCUAGGUGCUCCAGUUGUCUCAUCAAUGACUUCUGGGUUGCACUGAUUUUGGGGGUAGACUAGGUUAGCAAUUUUAGUUACCCAUUCCCAGCACAGGAGUGGGAGCAGCACUGGAUUUUGGAAAAGUAUUUGAUAAGAAGCGUUACAGACAGCAUUUUCUUUUUGCAAUUCUACAGUUGGUUUGAGAAAAUUCACGUACUUCUAGGCAACCAAACCCUGUAACACGGUGUGGUACUGCCCCCUAAUAGGAAGCUAAUACAGUUAGCUAAGGUGCAGUCAGUCCUAGCCCCUCUUUCUAAGCUCUUUCUAGGAAUGUUUUGUUAUCAGGAAAUACAUGGUCCCAAAUCACAACUCAUUUUCCCCUCUAAGAAUAACAACAGUUCUUUUCUUCCAUUCUGCCUUUCCCAAGUCCCUUUUCCACACAAAGCAUGAAGCACCCCCGAUCCCCUCCCACCUGUCAUCCACUGCCUGGCUAAUUAUUGUUAUGCACAAACGUCCUUCAAGGCCCUAUCCACACAUCCACAGAUGGCAACCGACCCAGUCCCCAGCAGCCUGCAAUAGAAUAGACUUCAACUAUCUUGUUUCUGAGCAGUGAUUUUACCAGCACUACAGAGCUCACUGCUCCGAGCACCUUUGAGACUGUUUCAGCAAAGGGAUGCCUUUUUUGGUUUUUAACAUCUCUCAUAAUCUAUCCUGACGUAAUAUUUAUAUACACAUAUACACACAUACACGUAUAAAUAAGUGCAGACACAUACAUGUAUAGAUAAAUAGACCUACAUGCUGACUUAAACAGACAAGCUAGCAUUCUGCUUUGUUAGCACUCCUAACCUGCUAGUCUAUGGAGUAGAGGGCUCGUGCAUUAACUCAAUACCCUCCUUAGGAACCUACAACAUUCUAGGAAUAUUAGGGCUGUGGCAAAGCCUUCAGUAGCUGCAUCAGCUUAUAGCCAUUGACCCCAGUGCUGUAAUAUGUUACCCAAAACUACCUUUAGUCCUGUUUUAAAUGAUUAAAGUGCUCUGCCUUCGCUGCUUCCUGUAGGAGGUUAUACUGCAGUUAAUCUUACCGUUAUUGAAUUUUUCUUGAUGUUUUAAUUUAAUCUUCCUUUGCUUUAUCGAAUUUCAUUAUUUGUCAUCAUAUCUGCUCCCCAUCUGAACACCCUCAGCCUUGUAGAUCAGAGGCCUCGCUCUCCACCACUUUCCACCUCGCAAUCUCAUUUACACUGGCACAGAAUGAGCACUCAGUGCCACCGUGCUGACAGGGCACAGUGUUCCUUCCAAUGCACAGGAGUAAACAAUUGCAAAGAGACAGGAACUCAGCAAGGAUUCUCAGUGCUGCCUUUCUUUUUCUUGCUUUACCACGGGGUGGUAAAUGGGACACUCUGUUCACCCAUUUCUUGACCUGUAAAUAGCAAUCACAGCAACCCCUGCCUAAAGCACAAUUGGUGGAUUUCAUGGUUAUCAAUCAAAUGCUUUCCAAAAAAAAAACCCAACAUUUUAAAGAGGCAAAAUCAGGAAGAGGAAAGCCAGCCCUUGGGUUUCUGGCUGGCUGCUAGGUCCCAGUUGAAGGCAGCACCAUCCUUGCUCAAAAAGAUUUGUCUUGCCUCUUCUACCAUUAACUCAGCACAUGCUGCCCAACACAGACAGUACUCAGCACAGACUUUCAGAGGACAAAGACAGACAGAAUGAAGUCUGAGCCUAGAGGAAUAGGACUAAAAAUAUUUUUUAAUUGAGACAUUAGCUCCCUUUAUAGACUGAUUUGAAGUAGAAUGAGUAAUGCUUCCAAAAGCACUUAAAAACAUGCUUGUACAAAACCUCCCUGGAUUGCCCAGCGCAGCUAUAUCCUCAUUAUGGGAGCACUGUGCAUUCAUUGAAACAGCAAAGACAUGAAUCUAUUGCCAGCAUAUCAGUGGUUGGUAGGGCAUGGCAUAACAUCCCUCAAAUGAAACACAGGGAAGAGGCAUUUGCACACCAGAGCAGGGGAACUGUACAACAGCUACUUUUUCCUACAGUGAAAGGAAGCAAUUAGCUUCACUGAACUGCAGGGCUCUUCGUAGGCUUUAAAUAGCAACAUAUAAAGCAUUGCUGUGACAAAGCCAAGUCAAUCCUGUAAAUUCCUAGACCAGAACUUUAGCAGGACUCGGGCCAUUCUCUCCAGUGGUUCCCAUUAUUGCCCUGCCUUACCUGCAUUGCUCUCCCCACUACCAUGCAUGCCCAGGGCCAAACACAUACACUGCUAUGGAUACCAAAAAAAGAAGCACAUACCCCUGCAAUCCUUAUCAUUCCUGAUGCUUAUGGAAAGGGGGGUCUUCAGUUGUGGGCUGCCUCCAGGAGAAGUAUCCAGAAACACAGAUAGGUUCCAGCCCUGAUACCUUUCUGAAAGGUACAACACAGCCUGAUCAGUUGCUCAGCAAAAAGGCAGCAGAAUAUUAGCAGUUCAUUGGGAAAACCUUACCCCUCCCCCUCUAAUUUCUUGCAAAUCUUUAUAUUUUUUCUUUCUUCAUGAAAAAAAAAAGAUAAAAACAAA